ACCAUGGCGAGCAGAGCAGCCAGGAAGAGAGAUGAAGAUUCAGUGACCGAAGUGGGAGAAGGGACAGAUGAAUGGGCCCAGUCCAAAGCUACAGUUAGACCCCCUGACCAGCUGGAAUUGACUGACGCGGAGCUAAAGGAGGAGUUCACCCGAAUUCUGACAGCCAACAACCCGCAUGCACCCCAGAACAUUGUCAGGUACAGCUUUAAAGAAGGGACAUAUAAGCUUAUUGGCUUUGUGAACCAGCUGGCAGUUCACUACAGCCAGGUGGGGAACCUGAUCCCCAAAGACUCGGAUGAAGGACGGAGGCAGCACUACCGCAAUGAGUUAGUGGCAGGUUCUCAGGAGUCUGCCAAGGUGGUGGUUUCAGAACCAGAUCUCCUUGAAGAAGAAGAAGGGCCUAAGGAAGCAGAAGCGGAAACCGGGAGUCAAACAGAUGUGCCUGCAGCUGAGGCAGCUGAAAAAGUGACUGAAGAAGAAUUGAUUACUCCUAAGCAGCCCAAGGAGCAAAAACUCACCAACCAGUUCAACUUCAGUGAGCGGGCCUCACAGACCUUCAACAACCCUCUCCGGGACCGAGAAUGCCAAAUGGAGCCUCCUCCCAGAACAAACUUUUCAGCUACAGCCAAUCAGUGGGAGAUCUACGAUGCAUAUGUAGAGGAGCUCGAGAAGCAGGAAAAGACCAAAGAGAAGGAGAAGACAAAGACCCCAGUGGCUAAAAAAAUGGGGAAGAUGGCCAUGAGGAAGACGACAUUUCUGGAGUCCCAGAGCGAUGAUAUCACCAAAGUGACCCAAGCUGCUAAAAUCAUAGAGCGGAUGGUCAACCAGAAUACAUAUGAUGACAUUGCUCAAGAUUUUAAGUACUAUGAGGACGCUGCUGACGAGUACCGGGACCAGGAGGGUACGCUGCUGCCCCUCUGGAAGUUCCAAAACGACAAAGCCAAGCGCCUGGCCGUCACUGCCCUCUGCUGGAAUCCAAAGUACAAGGAUCUGUUUGCAGUGGGACAUGGCUCCUAUGACUUCAUGAAGCAGAGCCGGGGCAUGCUGCUGCUCUACAGCAUGAAGAACCCCAGCUUCCCCGAGUACAUCUUCAGCAGCGACAGUGGCAUCAUGUGUCUCGACAUGCACGUGGACCACCCCUACCUGGUGGUGGUGGGCCAUUACGACGGCAACGUGGCCAUUUACAACCUCAAGAAGCCCCACUUCCAGCCUGCCUUCCGCAGCUCAGCCAAGUCUGGGAAGCACACGGACCCUGUGUGGCAGGUCAAGUGGCAAAAGGAUGAUAUGGACAACAACCUUAACUUCUUCUCUGUGUCAUCUGAUGGCAGGAUCGUGUCUUGGACACUUGUGAAGAGCGAGCUGGUUCACACAGAUGUCAUCAAGCUGAAGGUGGAGGGCAGCACCAUGGAAGGUCUAGAUGGCCUACAGCUACACACAGUGGGCUGUGGUACUGCCUUUGACUUCCACAAAGAGAUCGACUACAUGUUCCUAGUGGGCACAGAGGAGGGAAAAAUCUACAAGUGCUCUAAAUCCUACUCCAGCCAAUUCCUCGACACCUAUGAUGCCCACAACAUGGCAGUGGAUGCUGUGUCCUGGAACCCAUACCACACCAAGGUCUUCAUGUCCUGCAGCUCCGACUGGACAGUGAAGAUCUGGGACCACACCAUCAAGACCCCAAUGUUCAUCUAUGACCUAAAUUCAGCCGUGGGCGAUGUGGCCUGGGCACCAUACUCUUCUACUGUGUUUGCAGCAGUCACCACCGACGGGAAGACCCACAUAUUUGACCUGUCCAUCAACAAGUACGAGGCCAUCUGCAACCAGCCAGUGGUAGCCAAAAAGAAGAACAAGAUCACUCACGUGCAGUUCAAUCCCAUCCACCCCAUCAUCAUCGUGGGCGACGACCGUGGGCACGUCACCUGCCUCAAACUCUCACCCAACUUGCGAAAGAUGCCAAAGGAGAAGAAGGGGCAGGAAGUACAGAAGGGUCCAGCUGUGGAGAUCGCAAAAUUGGACAAACUACUGAACCUGGACUCCAGCCAGCCAGCCAGCCAGCCCAGGAGAUCUCCAGAGGCGCCAGCUCACACAGAGGGAACUUUGUGGAAGCCCUGGCAGGCAUGUGUGAGUCUGUGUAUCCAGGCUAUGUACCUACGUGUGCCUCCCUCUGUGGGACUGUCUCCAGCUCAGGUCUGUGCUUUGCUCUGCUGCGAGGUAGCCUGGAGCAAAGAAGAAUGUCCUGAGGGAUGGCUCAGCCCUGACUGGAAUAGGACCAGGCAUGACCCUACAUUCUAGAAGCUCCUGACUCUCUCCAUCCUAAAAGCUCUCCUAAGAGGAAGAUCAGCUUGGUCAGGUAGACCUUCCUACCCUACCUCAUAUGCCAGUGAGUCCUCCAUGUUCUGAACUGGACCCUCUUCUUGUCCCAUUCUACAUAUUCUCCAUGGGGGAGCACAUCCCUGCAGCUACACCGUGAAGACAGUGCUCCCAAAUCCAGCCUUAACUUAUUUGCAGAAUUCUAGAUACUGAUCCAAGUGCCUACCAGAAUCAGGGUGGCUUUGAUUCCUGGUUCUGCCACUUACCUAACUUUGUGACUUUGGGCAAGUCAUUAACCUCCCUUAGCCUCAGCUUCCUCAUCUGUAAAAUGGUUAUAGUAACAGCUACCUCUUAGUGUUGUAAUUCACUAAUUCACUUAUACCAGACCAAUCACAUCUCAGCAAAUGCCAACUGACACACCCCCAAGGACCACUUGGCUAAGGGAUCCCUUCCCCCAGUGCCAUGAAAUUCACAUGAGGUCCCUGUAAAUCCAAAUGGUAUCUUGAAAAUGAGAAAGGGGAGGGUAAAACAGACUGAAAGAGUCAUCCCAACCUACUGAGUUACUUAGAGACUGUCUAAAAUAAAACUUUUGGACCCUACUGAGUGUACCAGAGUGGAUUAAUUUUAGUUGCCCCUGCCUGUGUUACCCAGCAGGGUGGGGGCAUUGUGAGCAAGAUCAAAUCAGUUCUAGGAAACAGAGACGACUUAUAUCAUCGCACAUCUGCGUGUAAUGUGAAUGAAUUUGUGACCCAGCUGCAGGAAUUCAAAUUUUAUCCUGAAAACAGUGGGGAGCCACUGAAGAAUUUUGAGCAGAGGAGUAAUGUGUUCAUAUCCAGAAAUUAGAAGGAUUAUUUGGGCAGCUAGGUGGAAGGACGGAUUGAAGGCAUUUGAGAGGGAAGGCAUUGAGAGAUGAGAAGGCUCUGAAAUGGUGUAGAGGAGUAGGAGAGGAGAGAACAGGACAGAGCAUUGAGGAUAUUACAACUGGCAAGACUUAGAGACCUAGACCUAUAGGAUAUUGGGGUAAGAGGAAAAGAAAAUCUGGGAUAACUCCCAGCUUAGUGACUAGGGAUACUGGGAUGCAAUUUACUGAGCUAGGGAACACAUGAGAAGGGGUGAGCUUCAGCAAGGGCCUGGGAUAAGGGGGAAGAUGAGUUCAGUUUUAGAUAUGUUGAAUUUGAGGAACCAGUUGAACACCCAAGUUGAGAUAUCCAGUAGAG